GCCUUGCGACAAAGCGCGCUGCCGCGGCCGUCCCCUCCCCCUCCCCCGCCGCGCCGGAGGGGAGCCUGUGGCCGGGGCGGGCUGCCGCGGUCGGUAGUCGCCAUGGACUCUUCGUGGGAUGACCUGACGCUGACCUUCUCCCACACGUCCAUGUUCCCCUUUUUUGACAUCGCCCACUACCUAGUGUCCGUGAUGGCAAUGAAACACCAGCCGGGAGCAGCAGCAAUAGCACGAAAAAAUCCUGUUUCCAGCUGGCUCACUGCUAUGCUCCAUUGCUUUGGUGGGGGAAUUUUAUCCUGUAUACUGCUUGCAGAGCCUCCAUUGAAGUUUCUUACAAACCAUACUAAUGUUUUACUGGCAUCUUCAAUCUGGUAUAUUAUAUUUUUUUGCCCAUGUGACCUAGUUUCCCAGGCCUAUUCAUUCCUACCUGUUCAACUUUUGGCUGCUGGAAUGAAGGAAGUGACCAGGACUUGGAAAAUAGUAGGUGGAGUCACACAUGCUAAUAGCUAUUACAAAAAUGGCUGGAUAGUCAUGAUAGCUAUUGGAUGGGCCCGAGGUGCAGGUGGUACCAUAGUGACAAAAUUUGAGCAGUUGGUAAAAGGAGAUUGGAAACCAGGAGGUGAUGAAUGGCUGAAGAUGUCUCAUUUGUUUCUAUAUCUUGGCGACUAUGAAUACUGCAGCAAUGAAUUUGGGAGUACAGAUGUCUUUAGAAGCGCUUCCAAGUUAACCAUGCUGGGGUCAGUUAUCUUCACGUUUCAGCACACCGAGCAUCUGGCAAUAUCAAAGCAUAGUCUUAUGUUCUUUUAUACCAUCUUUCUUGUGACCGCAAAGAUAACCAUGAUGAUGACAGAGACUUCUUCUGUGACUCUUGGUCCUUUUGAGGAUACACUGAGUCGAAUGCUGUUUGGCUGGCAGAAACAGUUUUCAUGGUGUGAAACAAAACUAUCUUCCAAUGGCACUGGUUCAUCGGCCUCAAAACCUGUACCUGAUGCUUCACAGAAUGUUAAAAAGAAGCAUAAUAAGAAGACUGAAUAAAUUUAUUUGAUGAGCUCUAGAAGGCAAAAAGUAUAUUUUUUUCUUCCUAUCAGAUUGUGGUAAUAUUUCUAUGUAAAUGAUGUGAAAUAAAGAGUAUAUAUAAGAAAUAGUGACAAAAAGAAAGAAAUUCUUUCUGUUUCAUGGAGAUUACCAUUUUCUUGGAUUGUAAUUUUGAGUGUUAGGUGUAUAUUCAGUGAAUUUAUUUUUCUGAUAUUAAACAUUCUCUUAGGAUUAUUAUUACUAUUUUUGCAGUACUGAAGAUUGAACUCAUGGGCACUCUGCCAUAGAGUUAAAUAUCUCCAACCCUUCAAAGUUUGUUGUUUUUUUUUUUUUAAUUUUGAAACAAGGUCUCACUAAGUUGCCCAGGCUGCCAUUAAACAUGCAAAUCUCCUGCUUCAGUCUCCUCAGUAGCUGGGAUUACUGAUGUGCCCAAUUCUUAUGAUUAUUUGAAUAGUUUUAUAAUAAAAGAAGUGUAGUUUUUUAGAUCUAGAAAAAGUAUAGCUAUUAUGGCAAAAUUACAAAACCUAAAGCUUAAAAAGCCUAGAUAUUUUCAUAGUUUAAAGUCUGAAUCUAUUUGAGCUUUAUUUACUGGAAUUAAACUUUUAUUUCCCAUUACCAUUAUAAUUCCUAGGUAUAGAAAACAAUUCCUGUUUAAUUUUGAGCACUUACAGCAGUAAACAUUUCCUAAAGCAUUUUCUAAAGCAUUGUAUUCAAAUGAAAAUAAAUUGCUAGUUUAUAUUUGAUAUGUAAAGGUAAUUUUGCCCACAUUAAAUGGAAAAUACUUGAAAUUUAGUUUUAUUUCUAGUAGUACUUUUCAGUGAGAACACAGCAUUAAUAUGAGUCUCAAUAUGAAGUCUAUUCAUACCCUUGUAUUAAAAACUCCUGGUUUUUUUUUUGUGUGUGUGUGUGUGGGUACACAAUUUUAAUGUUACUAACUCCAUAUUUUUUAAUUUUCAUUUUGGAAGUUUUUUCUUUUUCUUUCUCCUUAAAACAUAUUUGUUUCAACUAUAGGAGAAACCCUUCUCCACAUUUCACAUGUUGUUUCUGGCCUUAAUUGGUAUGAAUACAUUACUGAUUAUUUGUGUGUGUGUGUGCGUGUGUGUGUGUGUGUGUGUGUGUGUGUGUGUGUGUUACUGGGGAUGGAUGGAGCUCAGGGCCUUCACAACUGAGCUACAUCUGCAGCCCUUUUAUAACAUUUUAUUUUGAGACAGCAUCUCACUAAGUUGCUGAAUUGCCCUGGCUGGAUUUGAACUUGUGACCCUCCUACUUCAGCCUCUCAGAAUCCUGAGAUUACAGGCUUGCACUACCACAUGUGCCUUGAUGGUAGUUAUCUUAAUGAUUCAACAAAAAGUAUUAUCUCUAUUUAAAAUUUUCCUUCUGCAUGUCCUUUGUUGUGGCUCUUUUUUUUAGUUUUCUGUUUGAACAUCUUUUGCUAACUUUUUGUGUUAUGUUUUGUCUUAAUCUAUACACACAUAUUAUUAAUAUGUAAAUACUUGUCUUUAAUGAGAAUUGUCUUUGCACAUUUGCACAUUACAUUAGUAAUCAGCUAACAAAGAAGAAACAGAAACUGAAACCUCAUAUGGUUAUCUGUUUAAAUGAAGAAUGAUGACAUUAGGUCUGGCUUCUUACUGGCAGUGGAAAGGAAACAGGAAAGGGUACUAAAUGAUGUUAUAUUUUUUUUCUUUAUUUUAUGGUUUAAAAGUCGUUAUGACAUUAAAACUUUGUGACAUGAUUUCUUAUAACAAAACCACUUACGACCUGUAUCAAGUAGUUUUGGAUGGGUUAGAGAUACUCAAAUCAUAUUCAAAUUGAAAGCUUUUUGUUUUUAAAAUUUUAACUUAUAAACACCAGCAGAGACUAUAGUUUUACUUGCUUAAGAAGAAACAUGGGAGGUACUUAUAAUAAACUUGGAUUGCUAAGAAGUUGAUUUUUAAUCCUGUGAUAGCUUUAAAUUGAAUUCUGUAUUUGAUAUUAAAAACUUUUCCAAGUUAACAUGUUAUUGUUUAUUGGCCAGUUUUAAAGUUUGAAUUUAACUGUAGUUGAAAUAGUAGGAAUCUUGUUUUACACUUGUAUUAAAGAUAAAAUAAAAUAAGUUAUUUAGCACCAA